GCAGUUGUACUGUUUGUCAGGAAGGGUCCUCGCUUCUCGCGAUGCUUCGAGAAACCAGUCGUUUAUUUCUUUAAACGUUGCUGCUUUCUUAGGCAUCGUAUCGUCUUCGCCGAUUGCGAUCAAUCUUGUCGUCGGUCGGGCGGUAGAGCAGGAGCUCCGGGGAGUGCGGCCGCGCUUCAUCCCUAAUCUUCCGACGCCGAAGGCCUCGCCGUUCCUAUCUCGGUUUCCUCUGAGAAGAUGCAGAGGGGGAGAGGUGGUAGGGAUGACUUCCUUGGUUUUGGAGAUCAUUUUGCGGAGUUUGGCGGCUUUGGCAGAUCAGGGAGUCUGAUCUCUAGCUUUUUUGGAGGGAGAGAUCCUUUUGAUGACCCUUUUUUCACGCAGCCAUUUGGAAACUUGAUGGGCAGAAGCAUCUUUGGCCCUAGCAUGUUUGGUCCUAGCAUGUUUUCUGAUCGAGGAAGCCUCUUUGGGGAGACUGGCAAUCGUGUGUUCCUGGAGCAGGCUUCCCAAUCCAAUAACUCAAAGGGUCCAGUCAUUGAAGAACUCUCCGAUGAUGAUGAUGACGACGGACGAGAAGAAAAAUCUGACAAUGAGGAGAAAGAGAAUCAAAGGAAACUUCAGGAUCCUGAUGAAGCAGUUGAAGGAAAGAAAAGCAGGCAUAUGCAAUAUAGAAACAACUUCAACCAUUCCAACAUGGCACAAUCGCAGAAUAACACUUUUACUUUCCAAAGCUCCACGGUGACUUAUGGUGGUCCAAAUGGUGCAUACUAUACUUCAGCCACAACCAGGAGAAUGGGCGACGAUGGAGUUAUUAUGGAGGAGAGCAAGGAAGCUGACACCACUAGUGGUAGAGCCAUGCACAGAGUAUCUCGUGGGAUUAAGAACAAAGGUCACUCAGUCACAAGAAAACUGAAUUCAGAUGGGAAGGUAGAAACAAUGCAGACAUUACAUAAUCUGAACCAAGAUGAGCUGCCUGUUUUUGAGGAGGCUUGGAAAGGGAAUGCUGACCGACACCUUGGUGGAUGGAACAAAGGGUCUGGUUUCCUUCAAAAUGGAAACAUGAGGAAUGGCAGUACCAGCAGUCAAGAAGCAAGAGGAUGGGCACUUCCGUCAACUGAGAGAGCCCAUAACUCGGGGAGGAUGCAGUCAAAGACAGGCAUGGACACUUUCAGAACCAGAUGUUCCAUGAAUUGAAGUCGACCCUUUACCAGUGUGUAAUCACGCAACAAGUUUCUCAUGGCAUUACCAUUUGCUUAGCAGACAAUCUUAUUGAUCUUCCUGUUUUUGUCAGGUCGAUAGUGUGGUUUUGUCAUAGUUGUGUUGCAGCGUCACAGUUUGAUUUGCAAUCAUGCUUGAUGCAAGUCUUGUAUUUUGAACAAUGCUAUUGAUGUAUGAACAAGUUCUAUUACUGAAGCCCGGAUGAUCACCACACUUA